AAUACGUCUUAGUAUGAAAUAUGGAUUAAGUAUUAGGUACUUCAUUUAAAAUAUAACUAUGAUGAUUAUUAUUAUAACUCUGCUAAAUAGAUAGGUAAGUGUUUCUUUGUUUUGCGGCUACACUCAGUUCUCUUCGCAGGUCACUGGUCAGCGUGGAUCAUUCGAAAAAAAAAACGUCUAGAUAUUACACGUGUUUGCGAUUCAUACCGCAACAACUUCAAACGAACAUAUAACUACCUUUCCCACUUAUAAAAAAUAAUAGACUUAUUUUAUAAUUGAAACAUAUACGUUUGAUGUUAUGAAGUAUUUAUUAUUUAUUAUCAUUUAAAAGUAUUAUACAACGCCAUAACGGGAUAAAAAAAUUGAUUAUGCAAGUAUUAACUUGCUACAUCUUGUAUCUAACAGUCUUUUAAGUUAGGUACUAGAUGAAUAAUAGUUACAUACGUUAAAAACACAAAUAUGCGUGUUAUGUUCGAGCAACUGUCAGAUUAAUCUGCCGAAAACUAAAGAAUUGUUGAGAUUAUAAAGAGGAGAUAUGGUUUUUUUCGAUAGUUCGCUACUAAAUCUGGUGGCUUAUGGCAUUGUGAUUUCUACAACAUUUUAUUUCUACCUAAGAUAUCGUUAUACGUUUUGGCAACGUCAAGGAUGCCCUGUCCCGUUAAAACCUCACAUUAUAUACGGGCAUACUAAGGAGGUAACUAAAAUGAAAACAUGGGUAGGCAAACAUUAUGCUAACAUAUAUUACAAUACUGAUGGAUACAAGUUUGUUGGGUUCUAUCAGUUCCAAAAGCCGAAGCUAAUGCUUCGAGAUUUAAAUAUUAUUAAAGACGUGUUUACGAAAGAAUUUUCAACGUUUCCCAACCGCGGAAUAGUAUUUGACGACAAGCUGGAACCGCUUACUGGUAAUUUAUUAACACUGGAAGGCCAUAGAUGGAAAGUCUUAAGGAAUAAAUUGACACCAGCAUUUACUAUUGGAAAAAUAAAGAACAUGAUUGAUCUCAUAGACGGUCGAGCUCAAGAAAUGGUCAGAGUUCUUGAGAAAUCGGCAGUGAUCGGUGAACAAGUAGAAUUUAAAGAAUUAUUAGCUCGGUUUUCAACCGAUGUCAUCAGUAUUGUGGCGUUUGGAUUCGAAACCAAUUCGUUGACAAAUCCUGAUGCAGAAUUUCGGAGAGUUGGCCGAAUGCUAUUUUCGACUAGUCUCGAAACUAUCAUUAGAAAUGCGCUAAAUGCGCUGGCUCCAAGUUUAAUUGGCUUACUAAAAGUACGAAGUAUCAAAAAAGAAUAUGCCGAUUUUUUCUAUAAUGUAGUAAAUGAUACAGUCAAAUAUAGGGAAGAGAAUGGUAUACAACGAAAUGACUUUCUGGACUUACUAAUGAAAAUUAAACGAGGCCAAAAUUUAGCUUCUGAUGAAGACAGUAAAUCAAUAUUUGAUGAAAAUGACGGAAAAGAAGAUUUUAAAUUUACUAUGGACGUUUUGGCGGCACAGUGUUUUGUAUGGUUUAUUGGAGGCUAUGAAACUUCAUCAGUUACGUUAACAUUCACAUUUUUUGAACUUGCCCAGAACCUGGACGUACAGAUGAGAGCUCAAGAUGAAAUUGAUUCAGUGCUUAGUAAAUACGAUGGAAAAUUAACAUAUGAAAUAUUGCAAGAAAUGCCUUAUUUAGAUAUGAUUGUAUCUGAAGCCUUGCGGAAGUAUCCACCAGUGCCUAAUUUGACCAGGAAGGCAGUAAAACCAUACAAAUUACCCAACUCAGAUUUCACCCUUGAUAAAGGGCUCCAGGUGGUCAUACCAGUGUAUGGUAUCCAUAACGAUCCAGAAUAUUGGCCAGAACCGGAAAAAUUCAUUCCGGAAAGAUUUACAGAGGAAGAAAAGCGCAAUAGACCACAAUACGCAUACUUGCCAUUUGGCGCUGGUCCUAGACUAUGUAUUGGUAUGCGAUUUGGAAUGAUGCAAGUAAAAGUGGCACUGUUUAGAAUAUUAUCAACUUAUAACAUUUCAUUGUCCAAAAGUAUGAAAUUGCCGAUGAAAAUGAAUCCAAAAACUAUACCAGCAAACCCCGAUGGUGGUAUGUUUCUUCAUAUUACAAAAAGAAAAAACUAACAAGUAAACAGGUUUCCCAAAAUAACUAGGUAUACUUAGUAUGAUUAUGAUAUGAUAUUACUGAUUGAUUUAAAAGUAUA